ACAGAUAGUAGCUCCACCAGAAACUUUCCAAGUCAAUAUACAGUGAUUCAUUUCCAAUAAAAAAUAAUUCUUCCACAAGGUGUUGAAAAGAGAAUGGUUUAUGAGCUGUAUAUAAGCAUUGCCCCCUAGGGUUAGGGUUUUCCCCAGAAGAGGGUUCUUGGCUGAUUCACCGUAGUAGUCUGAACAUAUACAUCCAUAAGGGUUCUUGUAGUAAGAGCUGGUAGAAGACAUGAAGAAGCGCCAAGUGGUGGUAAAGAGAGAUGAAUCUUCAAAAAACGCGACGAAUUCGUCGUUUACGGUAAGGAAUGUAAGAUAUGGAGAGUGCCAGAAGAAUCAUGCGGCUGGCGUUGGAGGUUAUGCUGUGGAUGGAUGCAGGGAGUUCAUGGCUAGUGGGGAGGAGGGGACAAAUGCUGCACUCUCUUGUGCUGCUUGUGGCUGUCACAGGAACUUCCACAGAAGGGAAGUGGAAACCGAGGCCGUCUGCGAAGGUUCUUCCCCGUCCUCGCUUGGGCGUACAUAGAUAAACUCUCCUAAUAUUUUUCUAUCUCCAAAAUACAAGUAUGUUGAUGGUUUGUUGUUUGCUUUAUUAGUUAUUACUAUGUUAACCAGGGGUUGAGUUGAAUUGCGUGUCUGCGUUUGUGUUUUUGUGUGGAAGCUCAAGAAACAAGCAGGAGUUCUUUUAUGUCUUUACUAAAUUAUGAGAUCGUCAAACUGCCUUUCAUGGUUUAUUACCAAGGGUGAAGUGGGUGGUAACUAGGCAUUGCCAUGGGCUAAAUUUGCUAUGUCCUUUGUUCAGAAACAUAUAUAUAUGAUUGCCUUAUUCUGUGAUUUUCUUUUUUUGUUGUACCUUGAAAUUUGAUUAAGCGGAAGUCCCGUGAGUUCAUUCCCUUGA